AUGUGUACAUUACUAUAUCUUGCAACGGUUUUAACGUCAAUAUACGCAGUCAACUCCUACAUCCUACUAACAGCAAACUUGGACGAUUUCCACGCAAUUGGAAAGCAGAUUGCAGCAUCUCCCGUCGGAUCCCAGAUCCACCAGAUCAUCCGCAGAGCCUCGGCAAUUUUCAACGAAAACGUCAACAACAAGCUCAGGAAGCGAUCUGAUGCUGAUCCUCUUCCAGACAGAGAAAGUGUUUCAGACGACGACAGUUUGACUGAGAAAGACGAAGCGUACUUGAAGGCCAAGAAGGAGAGCAUGGCCGAAAGAAGAGCUGGAGAAGAUGACGUAGUGGCGCUCGGGAAGAACGCUAGCUAUUAUCUUCAGUCUCUGAAGAAGAUCUUUGAAAGUGUUUGA